GGGCUUAGCAAGCACUUGGUAGGCACCAUCGAGCAUCGCGCCGGCUUGGAGGCGGCACAAGUGAUGAUUCUCGACUAUAAGCGUGGCUUGGCACCAUCGCUAGUGAGGUUCGGCAUCCUGGAUGCUCCCCGAAUGGAGCACGCGGCCCCCGCUCAGCCGAACUGUCCCCCCGGCAACGACCCGUGGAGAUAGGCGAGUACUGAUCCGAGAUCGAGGCGGCUCUGGCGGGGGAGAUCGACGGCUUGCAUGGCCUGGCGGCAUCCAUGGUCAUCCCGGUCGCGCGCGCGACCUCCGAGGCGGGAGCUGCCCUGGAUCACAACGGGCGCGCGCGCAACGGGCGACAGGCGACGGGCGUCGCGCCUUCGAGACGUGUCCUCGAGGUAUUAUCGAAGAUAGAAGAGCGGUAUAUCGGGGUCGCGGAGAUGUAUUGAUAGAUUCCGAUACUUAUGGAGCCUGUGGACGCGAUACCAACACACAAGGCCCAACCCUUGGCCAACCGCCAUACGGUCCAUGGAACGAUGAUGUUAGGAAGGUUAUCCGACUUGCCUACCACCUAGCGACGGAAAAUAUAGGGAGCGACGUAUAUCCAAGGCCAGCUCGGAGCGAUGCCUCUCUUAUCACUCGUCUUGCGACAUGUAAAGCUAAUAGAAAGCAGGUUGUUGCAGCCUACCAAACAGCAAACAACGUCAAGCUACACCAUCUUUCUUCGCGGUAUGGGCCAACUCGACAUCAAACAUAAGACUAGAGAGGGGUCGAUUGAACGCAAGGAAAAUGAUGAACACCCGAAAGAGCUGCUUGAGGUAGGUCACAACCACACCGUCAAGCCGCCUCGCUUUCAGUUUUGUUCGGCACGUGAAUGUCCAAAGUACCAUCAAAGCAUAGACGCAUACGACAUACUUGACAAAUAGAAAGACGAGACAAAGGGAUGGAUGAAAGAGUAUUGGACAAAUCGGACUUAUGUUUGACUAAAAGAGAUGGAGUAUGACAUGACAGGAUGGGUCCAAUUGGAAAGGGAUUUGAGUGACAAGA